AUGACCUUCUUCUACCCAUCCAAUGGCGACGACUCUGUUUCCAAGUUUUCAUCGAAAUCUCACCGCCUUCAGCGCUCCUUAUGUCAAACUCUAACCCAUUUCUACCCGCUUGCCGGACGGCUUCAAGAUUCCGCUUCAAUUGUCUGUAACGACGAUGGGGCUUACUUUAUAGAAGCCAAAACCGACGGCUCUCUCUCGGAGUUCCUUAGCAAACCAAACACUACCGUAUUGGAAAAGUUUCUACCUUCCACCGAUCCGGAAACCGAAAAAAUAUCAAACGGUUCUCUGUUCCUUGUUCAGUUCACACUCUUCAGCUGCGGUGGCACUGCAGUCAGCAUAUCUCAUUCCCACAAGAUUGUUGAUUUGGCUGCUUUGCUAAUUUUCCUCAAGAGCUGGACCGCCGCGAGCCGCGGAAACGAAGAACCAGAGGUCCCGGAUUUCUGCGGAGCAUCCCUGUUGCCUCCGAGAGAGAUUCCGAGCAUAUCUGGUGCAUCCUCACUAAUCAAUCAUGCGCCUCCUAAGUUCGUGGCGAAGAGGUUCGUGUUCGAAGCAUCCAAAAUUGCCGAUCUCAGAGCCCGAGUUGUCGGAGCCGGAUCAACCGCUGGUCAAGAAUUCCAACCCUCGCGUGGAGAGCUAGUUCUCGCAGUCAUAUGGAAAUGCGCCAUGGCCGCAUCAAAUACAAAAUCAAAAUCAGGGUCAUCAACCUCGUUAUCGUCAGCAACUUUCCAGCCGUCGGCACUUUUUCAGGGAAUGGAUUUGAGGACGAAAAUGGAGCCGCCGCUGCCGGAGACGGUGUUCGGCAACUUUAUGUGGCCUUUUUUUGUUGUUUUGGAGAACGAGAGAGACAUGGAGUUGCAUGUGAUGGUGAGGAAUAUGAGGAAGGCCAUGAACGACUUCCUAAUCAACAAGGUCAAUACAUUCAAAGGGGAUGAAGCUUUUUCGACGAUCAUGGAUUCUUUGAAAGAACGAGAGGAGGUUCUGAAGAAGAAGACAGGAUUGAAGGUCUAUAAAUGCUCGAGUGGCUGCAAGUUUCCUUUGUACGAAACCGAUUUCGGAUGGGGAAAACCGGCAUGGUUUACAAGUUUGAACAAGCUAGUGAGCAACACCAUUACUUUGUUUAAUACUAAAUCAGGUGGAGUUGAAGCUUUUGUAACUCUGGAUGAGGAAGAUAUGGCCAUUUUCGAAAAAGACGAAAUGCUUCUUUCUUAUGCUUCACUCAAUCCUAGCAUUAGUCUCCUACCUUAUAACACAUCCAAUGAUUUUCGAUUCUCCAAGUUAUAA